GAGGCGGAGCUUGGGCGCGCAGGGAUCCGCUGGCCCCGCUAAGCCCCGCCCCCGCGGGGGAAAGACAAGUCCGCCCUCCGCGCGAGGAGCUCCCGCAAGUGGGAAGGGCUGGGGCGCCCCGACACCGCCUUCUCAUGAAUAAUGCAGGAUCCGGGCGGUGUCCCGGACCCGGAAGUGGAGUUGCAGAGUCACCGCAGUGGCUGAGCUGCUGACAGGAGGCGGCGGCGGAGGAGGAGGCGAGGCAGGACCUGCGGCUCCGCGGGGCUACUGCCGCGGUAGCUCUAGGCAACCCCACGGAGCUACGCCGGUCUCGGUCAUCCCACGAGCCUCUCGCAGCCUGUCCAUCCUUCUGUCCGCCUAUCCGCCCGACUGGUCCAGGGCGGCCUAGUCUGCAUCAUCUGCCGGGCUUCUGGGGCCGCCGCCCCGCGCGGUCCCAUCGGCGUCCCUGGCCGCGCCCGGCCCCUGGCCCUCUCGCCCGCCGGCACCAUGAUGGAGGAGAUCGACCGGUUCCAGGUGCCCACCGCGCACUCGGAGAUGCAGCCGCUGGAUCCAGCCGCAGCCUCUAUCUCAGACCGAGACUGUGACGCCCGGGAGGGUGAGUCAGUAGCCAUGAAUUACAAAGCAUCCCCGCUCCAAGUGAAGCUGGAGAAGCAAAGGGAGCUGGCCCGGAAGGGUUCCCUGAAGAAUGGCAGCAUGGGCAGCCCUGUCAACCAACAACCCAAGAAGAACAACGUUAUGGCCAGGACGAGGCUGGUCGUCCCUAAUAAAGGCUACUCCUCGCUUGACCAGAGCCCUGAUGAGAAGCCACUGGUAGCUCUUGACACAGACAGCGAUGAUGAUUUUGACAUGUCCAGGUACUCUUCUUCUGGCUACUCCUCGGCCGAGAUCAACCAAGAUUUGAACAUCCAGCUGCUGAAAGAUGGCUACCGGUUAGACGAGAUCCCUGACGACGAGGACCUAGAUCUCAUCCCCCCCAAGUCCGUGAACCCUACCUGCAUGUGUUGUCAGGCCACUUCCUCCACCGCCUGCCACAUUCAGUAGUGGGCGGGGUCGCCGCGGUGCACGGGCGGCGCUGACCUGGGUUGGGCGAUGCAGCAGGGGAGACCCCUACCCUGCUGGUCCGCUGGCCCCCAGCCCCGCGCCUCUUACAGCCGCCAACCUCGUAACAGUCAUUGCUUCCUCCUAUGGUAGGACGUGUACCUCUGUGUGUUCAUGGAGCCGGAGAAACCAAAACCGGGUCUGUCUCUAGCCCCGGGGCUGAGGAGGGGUAGGCACUAGUUGUUCAGUUACUUGGGUGGGGGGAACCACACCCAAGCACCCUGCCACCUCUCUCAUAGCUGCAGUCAGAGGGCAGCACUGAAGGCCAGGAGGCCAAAUGUAAGUCGUAGGAUGAAGGGAUCACACAGCCGGAAGGUUGGCCCCAGCCAGUGAAGCCAUGAACCUCCCACCCCCGCCCCUAGCCCAGCUUGAAAAGGAAGGAAAGGGGUUUGGAGAAGAAAAGGCUCCAAGCAAGGGGGGCCGUUCUUACACCUGAGAGCCCCUCUCCCCAAACCCUGUGCCAACCCAUAUACCUAUCUGUGUUUUCCCCUCAUCUCCACAUGGGAACCCUGGCAACGCUGUCCAAAGGAAUACUGUCUCUCCAUUAGAUCACUCCUUCCACUGUCUCCUUCCCCUGCUUCCUUACUUUCUGAGGGUUGGGAAGGUAAGAUGGGCCUUAAAAAGAAGCCGGGUUUGGGGAUGGAACGACCUGUUCUCACCGGUCUCUGUCUCUCUGCCUCAAACCCACGCUACUGACACAUACACACACACACACACACACACACACACACACACACACACACACACACACACUGUCUUCUGUCUGUUGGUUCCAGGCUGGAAGCAAGAGAUGAGGCUGGCCUCCUGUGCCGGUUCCCAUUUCACCCUAGCUUAAGGUCGAGGAGGCCGGCUUCCAGAAAGGCUCUUGAAGAGCAAGCUUAAGAAAAUACAGUGAACCAAGUGGCUGUAUGUAUAUAAUAGGGCAUGCAUGUUGCAUGCGCGUGAGAGUGUGUGUGUGUGUGUGUGUGUGUGUGUGUGUGUUUUAAGCCUGUCUGUCCCUGGCAACCAGGUGAGUGUCUGUGAUGGGGAAAUGGCUGUGUUCUGCUAACUGUGUGAGAGGCUGCUUGGAAAUGCAGUGAACUGAGAGCACUGCCUGGCAAUCAGAAGCCUGGGUUCUGGUCCCAGCCUUGGCAUUCUCCCUGAGCAACUAAGCAGUUCCCAGGCUUCUCCAGGGCUUCAGUUCUCACAACUGGAAAAUAAAGAGUAGCUGACAUCACUGACAGAGUCUUUUCAUACUGAAAGGAAUUUCUUUCACAUGAAUUUCUGCAAAAGGCUAUGACAUCUGUGUGUCUUUGAACUUAGAAGGCACCUGGAGGUGUAUGCACAUGGACAUGGGAAGUACAUGUCAAUUUGUUUGGAAAAAAGGUGUGUGUGUGUGUGUGUGUGUGUAUGUGUGUGUGUAUGGGGUGUGUGUGGUGUUUGUAUGGGGUGUGUGUGGUGUGUGUAUGGGGUGUGUAUGUGUGUGUGUGUGUACGGGAUGUCAUGUAUAUUGUUGCUUCUGCUGCUGUUCUGAUCUGAGGGAGGAAAGCUAAGGCUGUAGUUUAGUGAGAUGGUAGAUCUCCCAUAGUUGAAGACAACUGCAAGCAGAGAGAGCCUCAUACUGCUGGGCCUAGGCCCUACCGGCCUCCUCUCACUGAGCCAGUGUGGCCAGAGUGUGGCUUCUCCAGGCACCCCACAUGCAGGCAUUUCCACCCUCUGGAUACUACUCACAUGUCACUUUGUGGGUGCCAGGGGCUAGAGUGGAGAUGGUGAGGAGGAGGAAUGGGGCUGUUGACUUAGGAAGAGAAGCGCCUCUCUCUGCCCACACCCAGGGGCUGCCUACUCCCAAAUAUUGGAGUGUAGCUUUCCACUCCCCAUACCUCCAGCCCAGCUUACUUCCCCCUAGUGCAGAGAUCCUAGUUAGAUAAGAAAAUCCAAAGGAGGCAAGCCAGAGAGAGCAUCUCCAGGGGCCACAAGGCCCAGAGUGGCCCCAUCUAAGCCCCUCUCCCACCCCAGUGAGCAUCUCUACCACUCAUCGUCUGGCCUCCAGAGGUAGAACUCCUCCCACCCCACCCCACCCCACCCCACCCCACCCCACCCCACCCCACCCCACCCCACUGGGCUCUUUGACUCACCCUUCUAGAACAUGGGUGUCUCUGCUCUUUAGACUGCUGCCUUGCUGAUGACUUCCUGUGGGAUUCUAAUUCAGCGCGUGUGCCCCUGAGAGCCAAGGGCAAGUGCCCUUGUGAACACACUAGUUCCCUAGCAGGCAAGGGCAUUAGACUGAGGUGGUCUGUACACAGUGGGUAGGGUAGGAAGCUAGCAGCCUGCAGCUUCCUAGUCCAAGGAGAGCACACAGUCCCCUCCUUCCCUGUCUGGAAGUUGGAGGGGAAAAGCCAGGGCCUUAGCUUGCCCCUGCUCCCCCCACCCCUUGUAGAUACUGCCUUAACACUCCCCCACCCUCGGCUGUGGCUGCUACUCAGCCAGGUUUCUCCGAGCUCACUAAUUUAUUUCCAAGAAGGUGUGUGGAAGACAUGAGCCGUGUAUAAUAUUUUUUUUAACAUUUCCAUCGCAGUAUUGACCAUCAUCCUUGGUUGUGUAUCGUGUAACACAAAAUAAUGAUAUUAAAAGCAUCAAACAAGC